AUGGAGAAAGACAAUGUUCCCAUGCUUCCAGUUUCAGACUCAUCAUCUCGUACUAGGCCUUUCACUUCCAGGUCACGUAGUGUUACCCUCGCAAACACUUCUUCCACCAUUGAUGGAUUUGACAGCUCAACUGUGGUGUUAGGCUACACGGGUCCUCUUCGGACACAGACAAGACCUUCUUUGGUUCAGAUGAGUGGUCCUCUUUCAUCUACUCGCAGUCCUGAGCCUCCUCCUACUUCCUCUCAGCCAGAGAGGUACCCUUCUUUUGCUGCUCUUGAACACAAAAACUCAGAGGAAGAGUUUGUCUUGAAACACGCACAUCUCUUGAGAUCUGGACAGUUGGGUAUGUGUAAUGAUCCUUACUGUACCACUUGUCCUUCUUACUACAACCGCAAAGCUGCCCAAAUCCCUACUUCUAGAGUUUCCGCUAUUUUUGAUUCCACUUUCCACAAUCAUCUAUAUGAUGAUGCUAAAGGUUGGGCUAGGAGGUUUGCUACAUCUGUUAAUAGAUACUUACCAGGAAUCAUGAAUCCUCACUCCAAGUUUGUUCAGAGUUGGACUAAGUUUUUUGCCUUUUCAUGCUUGCUGGCUAUUUUUAUUGAUCCUCUCUUCUUCUUCCUCAUAUUAGUCAAACAGAACGACAAAUGCAUUGUGAUUGAUUGGCCGAUGGCUAAAGCAUUUGUAGCUGUUAGAAGUGUAACAGAUGUUUUAUUCUCUGUAAACAUUCUGCUUCAGUUUCGAUUGGCCUAUGUAGCUCCUGAGUCUACGGUUGUUGGUGCUGGCCAGUUGGUUGACCAUCCAAGAAAAAUUGCUCGCCAUUACUUCUUUGGAAAGUUUUUACUAGACUUGUUCAUUGUGAUGCCAUUUCCACAGAUAUUGAUAUUAUGGAUAAUACCAGCACAAUUAGGCGCAUAUGGGGCAAACGAUGCAAAGAACCUCUUACGCGCUGCAGUUCUUUUCCAAUACAUUCCCAAGUUAUAUAGGCUACUACCACUUCUUGCUGGACAAACACCUACUGGCUUCAUUUUUGAGUCGGCUUGGGCUAAUUUUGUUAUCAAUCUUCUCACUUUCAUGCUUGCUGGUCAUGUGGUUGGCUCUUGCUGGUAUCUUUUUGGUCUGCAGAGAGUUAAUCAAUGUCUUAGAGAUGCUUGCGGUGAUUCUGAUCGUACAUGUAAAGAUCUAAUAGAUUGUCAUGCUGGAGCUAGUGGUGGGUUGUUAGGUGCGUGGAAAAAUAAUACGAGAGCCAGUGAUUGUUUUCAAGAGGAGGGUGAUUUUUCUUAUGGAAUAUAUUCGAAGGCAGUUACUCUCACCACUAAAUCUAGCCUCUUCACUAGAUACAGUUACUCUCUUUUCUGGGGUUUCCAGCAAAUCAGCACGCUUGCUGGAAACCAAGUCCCAAGUUACUUCCUUGGGGAAGUCUUCUUCACCAUGGGAAUUAUCGGACUAGGACUCUUGCUUUUCGCGCUUCUUAUUGGUAAUAUGCAGAACUUCCUUCAAUCUCUCGGUCGAAGGAAUUUGGAAAUGACUCUGAGACGGCGAGAUGUGGAGCAAUGGAUGAGUCAUAGACGGUUGCCAGAAGGUAUAAGAAAGAGGGUGAGAGAGGCUGAGCGGUUCAACUGGGCAGCUACUAGAGGAGUUAACGAAGAAUUGCUAUUUAAGAAUAUGCCUGAUGACCUUCAAAGAGAUAUAAGACGACACCUCUUCAUAUUUCUCAAGAAGGUGAGGAUAUUUUCGUUGAUGGAUGAAUCAAUCUUGGAUGCUAUACGUGAGAGGCUGAAACAAAGGACUUACAUAGGGAGUAGCAUGGUCUUGCACCGAGGAGGUCUAGUUGAGAAAAUGGUAUUCAUAGUGAGAGGUGAGAUGGAGAGCAUUGGAGAAGACGGUUGUGUUCUGCCAUUAUCAGAGGGAGACGUUUGUGGUGAAGAACUUCUCACUUGGUGUCUCGAACGCUCUUCUGUAAACCCUGAUGGGACGAGGAUAAAGAUGCCGACAAAGAGAUUGGUUAGUAACAGAAAUGUUACGUGUGUGACUAACGUGGAAGCGUUUGCUCUGAGUGUAGCAGAUCUUGAAGAUGUAACGAGCUUGUUCUCGAGAUUCCUUAGGAGCAACCGUGUGCAAGGAGCCAUAAGGUACGAGUCUCCUUAUUGGAGACUACGAGCAGCUAGGCAGAUCCAAGUGGCUUGGAGAUACCGAAGGAGGCGGCUUCAGAGAUUGUACACUGAUCAGUCUAGUUACAGUCUUUAGGUUGUAAUCUUCAUUCUUGAUGAUGAUGAUAUAAGCUUGGUGGUUAUCAAAUAGGUGGUGUUUAUUACAUGAUAGCUUAAUGCUUUACUCAAUUCAUCUUUUCACUGUAAAUAUAUGAAUCUAUAUUCAG